GAGGAGGAGGAGGAGGAGGAGGAAGAGGAGGAGCGGUGCCCCAUCUCCGCCUUCUCCGCUCCUCCUUGCGUUGCUGCUGUUCCCGCUCGUCGUCUUGCUCCGUGCCCUUUUGCUGUUCCUCCGCCUUUGAGCCGCCGCCCAGCCGGCCUUCCAGUUCUGCCCGGCGUGCGGGGCGGCCCUGCUGGGCCGGAGCUGAGCGGGGCGCGCGGCAGCGGCCGCUGCUGCUGCUCCAAGGAGGAGGGGGAGAAGGGUGGUUGGCUGGAGGGGCGCCCGCCCCGUCUCCCUGCAUUUUUGCGCUGCUCGCGCCCGAGCGGGCGGCCGCGCGCGCCGGGGCCCCCGCGAUCGCCGCGGCGCGGCGGGAGCGCCCCAGUCGACUACACGUAAGAGUGACCUUUCCCAGACGUCGGGCGACCCCGGGCGGGCGCCGAGGGGGCCUCGUCUGGCUGCCACUCUGCCCGCCGAGCGGGGGGCGGCGCGGGGCCGCCGCGCGCCAGGGCGGACGGCAGACGAGAGGAGGCGGGGGCGCCGGAGAGCGCAGCCGGCCCGAGGACCGCCCCACUGCGGGGCAGUGCCUGCGGCACCCGUGGCUGCAGCGGUCCAGGGACGCCAACUCCUUGAAGGUCUGGCCGAGGACCCCCUUCAGCUCCUGCACGCUGGAGAGCCUCGGAAAAAACCACGAGCAGGGUCGAGAGCGUCGGCUACAUCGCGCCCGAGGUGCUCA